AUGUCCAAGUUGCCUCUCAUGUCUGAACGAGUCAGCAUAUUGCAGGCACAGCUCCUCUUUCGUUCCUUAUAUUUGCCAGAAGAUGUACUGCUUGCUUGUCUGUUACCUUAUAUCCGCAAUACCAGAAGAAGCCAGUGGUGCACUCUCUUUCAUACAACGCUUUGGAAAACGGCGCUGUCUGCUACUGAGGAAUCCGAUACUCGCUCACUCAAGUCUACUAAACGACGCUCUUUGCAGCAGAAUCUAGAGAUCCGCCAACGAUGCCGAAACUCCAAACUGCUUUCUAGCUGCCGUCGAUCGAUCUCUCUGGAUCCUAUGCUUUGGUUGCCCAUGUCCAAGUCAGAGCGCAGUCGCUGUAUACGCUGA